AAAAACAAGAUUUUUUUGCCCUCUGCACUCUGGGUGCUUCACAAAGAAACGAGGUCAUGAAGUUUUUAGAUCUUUUUGGACGCCUAAAAUCAGUGGUUAUUGGAAUGAUUCAUGUCAAAGCCUUACCAGGAACCCCCCUGGGUUGCAUGACAAUGUCCCAAAUCACUGAAGAGGCAUGCAUGGAGGCAGAAAUCUACCGUGACGCAGGGAUUGACGGUGUGAUCAUUGAGAACAUGCAUGAUAUCCCGUACUCCUUCUCUGUGGGCCCUGAGGUGUCCGCCUGCAUGACUGCAGUAUGCUCUGCUGUGAGAAGCGUCUGUCCACGCCUGCCGCUCGGAGUGCAGAUACUUUCUUCUGCCAACCAGCAGGCUCUGGCCGUAGCUCUGGCUUCAGGUCUGGACUUCAUCAGGGCUGAGGGUUUCGUCUUUUCUCACGUGGCUGAUGAGGGUCUCCUAAAUGCCUGCGCUGGGGACUUACUGAGAUAUCGCAAGCAGAUCGGAGCUGAGCACGUGCAGAUCUUCACCGACAUCAAAAAGAAGCACAGCUCCCAUGCCCUGACAUCAGACGUGAGCAUCGAGGAAACAGCACGCGCCGCAGAGUUCUUCCUCUCAGAUGGACUCAUCAUCACGGGAGCGGCCACUGGAGCGCAGGCUGACCCGCAGGAACUUAGAGAGGUGUCCCAGUCUGUGAGGAUCCCUGUGCUGAUAGGUUCUGGAGUGACCUAUGGUAACAUUGAACGCUACCUCGAUGCAAACGGAAUGAUCGUCGGUUCUCAUUUCAAAGAGGGCGGCCACUGGGCCAACGCAGUCAACCCGGAGCAAGUGAAGAGGUUCAUGGGAAAGAUACGAGACCUACGAAAAUGAGAGAG